AAAAAAUUAGGGUUUUGGGGUCUCCUCUCUGUCUCUCUCGCUCUCUCGUUGAUUGCUUUUAUGGAGAUGUCUUCCAACGUUAGGAGAAAGAACAAGCAAUCUCUGAUUACCUCACUUCCCGAAGACGUCAUCUUUGACAUCUUAGCGCGUGUACCAAGGUGCGAGUAUCCGACACUCUCCCUCGUUUCCAAGCAGCUCCGAUCACUUGUCACGUCACCUGAGAUAUACGUGAGACGAUCCUUGUUGGGAGUCACCGAACCGUGCUUCUAUGUUCUCCUCUAUGACUCACAAUCCGGUGAUAACCGUUGGUAUAUUAUCCACCCGAAAGCCAACGGCAAUCGCUGCUUGGUCCUUAUCCAUUCGCUUCCAGCUAUGAAUCCUGUUGCAAGCUUUGUCGCGGUGGACUCGAGAAUAUAUGCGUUUGGUGGGAGAGACGAUCAUACAAAAUAUCGUGCGUUGUGCAUCGACUGUAGAUUUCAUACUGUGGAACAUCUCCCCAGCAUGCAUGUGCCCAUGUCUCAUGCAGUCGUUGACAUCAUUGAUGGGAAAAUUUACGUGAUUGGAGACUACUACCACGGCUCGAAUACAGUGAUGGCGGUGUUCAAUACAGAAACACAAUUGUGGGAACUUGGUAUGACAAAGCCAAACAUUGAUUUUGCUGGAGCGUUUCCUACUCAUUGUGUGGUGAUGGAUGAUAAGAUCUACGUGAGGUUUAUUUUUAAAAGCUUUGUUUACGAGCCAAAGAAGAGUCAAUGGGAAAUGGAAGAGAUGCUGAGUUCUAACAUGUGGAGUUAUGCGUGCGUGGUUGAUAAUAUAUUAUACUAUUACGACCACUGGGGGAACAAGUUAAGAACGUAUGAUCCAAAGCAGAGGUAUUGGGGAGCGGUGAAAGGUUUGGAUUUGGAAGAGUUGGUGCCUAAAAGAAAUAUACAUUGGAUACACACUGUGAGUUACAGUGGGAAACUGGCUUUGAUUAUUGCUUACGAAGGCGGCCGGACACCAUUGUACCUCUGGAGUGCGGAAAUUUCGCUGGAAAUACGUCAAGGAGGAGAGAUUUGGGGUAAAGUUGAGUGGUCUGAUGAGGUUCUAUCUGCUGAUAAUUUACAAGUGAGGAGAUUUCUAGCUGUUAUGAUUUGAUGCAUGAACUCUUCUUCAUAUAACUUGUUUUUUGUUUUGAAAUUGUUUUGUCCAAACGAUUAAAUGAGUUUUCUUUUCGUUAAGUCUAAAACUCAUUUUACUGAUCUCCUUGCCUAUUAUGGUGUUCUAAUGUAUGUGGUAGUAUCCAAAACAGCUUGAACAGUUGGUAGCUAAUAUUGAAAAGGAAAUACCCGAAGAGGUGUGGACUGAGGAUUCGUAGCCACUAGCCAGAGACAAGACCAUAUAUGUAUGACACACACAAAAAACACUUACAGAUAUAAAUUAUAAUAGGAGACAUGAUAAUAUUAAAAUGGGUCUCAUCCAAAACAACGACAGAGCCAUGGCCAACCAAAGCUCAAGUUACAUUCAGCAAAACAGAUAGGUAUAUAUAUAUAUAUAUAUAUAUAUAUAUAUAUAUAUAUAUAUAUAUAAGUAAUGUGUCUAAUUACUUCCAUGAGAAACCUUUGUAUUCAUGGCGCUUUGUCUCAUCGCAAUUCAGGUUCAAUAAAUUAGAACAUACAUUUUAAUCUAAAAUCAUACCAAAAUAUCGUCGCUGUUGCAUAAUUUAAUAUAUUUUCUUUCAAAACCUUAAUUGAACCUGAAGUCAAAUCCUAAAUUUUGCCUUCAAUUGUCUGAAUGGAACGAACAACUUCACAAACUCUUCUCCUACAUUGUUUUCCAAAUCCCAUCUGGCACAUAACAAAAACAUUAAAUAUUUUUAUAUCCCUUCCUCUUGCAAUCACCAUUACUUUUUCUUAUUCUUUCAAACUUUCGAAUAAAACUACAACAGAGAGGCCUAAUCAAACCAAAAUUUGUUUAUCCGUUAAAAUCAAAAAAAAAAAAAUGAACCAUGAGGGCCAGGAACUACCGCAUAUCCGGCGUUUCCAAACACUUCCGUGCACUCUCUAGACGUAGUUUGAUACCCCAACUCUCCUUCAUAUUAUAAACUUGUGCUUUUUAUUAAUAACAAAAUGUCGUUGGCCUGCUGAGCUUGGAUGUUGUUUGAUACAAGAACUCUCCUUGAUAUAAUAAACUUGUGCUCGUCUUUUUAAUAACAAAAUUUCGUUGUCCUGCUUAGUUUUCUUUUCACUGUUAUUAAAUGCCAUCUUGCUGAUGAAGAUGGUGUCCAAACGGUCGAAGCAUAAGGUGUUCCGUGUUUAACGUUAUGUACCGAUCUAGGAUUGUCCGAAUACAAUUGUUUAGUUUUAUAUUUUUCAGUUUGUUAUGUAUUCAGUUAUGGUUCUGCAUCAGGACACCCAAAAAAAAUUAGUAAAAUAUAGAACGAGAAGAGAUGAUAAAAUCGAAUAGGGCUUUCUCUCUAUCCUCUUAAGUAAUUAUAUCAGUCAUCAAACAAGGAUCCAGAAGCAAAACAGUCUUCAAAAGGCA